UUUUUUUUCUUUAAUUUUCUUUUUUGUACGCUCAGAUCUCAAUUUUAGCAUCUGGGUUCUCUUCCUUGUCCCCAAAUUCUUGUGGGUAUCUUCAAUUCAUUUCAAGAGUUCUGGUUCUUUGCUAAUCGGGUAUUCCAGAUCUUAUCCCAAUGUCACAAGGUUAUGCGAUUGAGCUUUAUUUCGAUCCCGCUUUGGAAAACCAAGUGUUGAAAGCAUGGAACGUGUUGGCUCGCCGCCAAAUCAGUACCCAACUCAUUGAAAUCGAGUCACGUCCGCAUAUAACUCUGUUUUCCAGCCCCGGUGUAGAGCCCACAAGACUUGAAUCCAUUAUAAAGAGCUUUGCAUCAAAGCAAGAACCUUUGCUUUUGUCUCUAUCAACAAUUGGGAGUUUUUGCAAUGACAACAAUGUCUUGUUUCUUGCACCAACGCCUUCAGUUUCGCUACUUCAGUUUCAGUCUCAGUUAUGUGAAGCAAUCAAGAAAGAAGGGAUUGAUUUAGGAGACGAGUAUCGUGCUGAGAAUUGGAUUCCUUAUUGUUCUGUUGCUCAAGAAGUUCCAAAGACGAGAAUGGCGGAGGCCUUUUGUGUUUUGAGAGAGUUGAAGUUGCCUGUUUCUGGAUAUGCAAUGGAUAUUGGGUUGGUGGAGUAUUCCCCUGUUCGUGAAUUGUUCUCUUUCGGACUUGGUAACACUGUAGAAGCAUAACUUGUUCUUUUAAUUGGGCUUAUAGAAUAUGUUGAAUUUGAUGUUUCUAGUUUUAUAAGUUGAUGUACUUCAUCUUUGGUUUUAGUUUAUAUGAAUGAUGGAAACUAGAGCCAUAGUAGGAGAGUUUCAUUUUAUGUUUUCUAAAAGUGGUAGCAAAUUGACUUUUUUA